AGGACAGCCCUCUUCACACAUACAAGAAACACCAAACACUUUCAGUUACAGCGAGCUUGUAGUUCAGCUGAGCAGGGACUUUUACCAAGGGCUAGAGUGUGUGUUGGACUGUGUGUGUGAGUGUGUGUGUAUGUGUGUGUUUGUAAUUCUGUAUGUGUUUUUAUGGAGUGUAAUGUUUUAUUCUUGGUGUUUAGUGUGUUUGCAAAGUAGAUUUGCAGUGUCAGAUUAUGAGAGGUGAUUGAUGCGAGUGACUGUACAUGUGUAAUUGUUAGAUCCACAGGUGUGUGUGUGUGUGUGUGUGUGUGUGUGUGUGUGUGUGUGUGUGUGUGUGUGUGUGUGUGUGUGUGUGUGUGUGUGUGUGUGAAUACCAGAAGUGUGCCUGUUGUUUUAUUGUUAAGUCUGUGUGCAUUGGUGUGAACAUUGAGGAUGUCAAACUCCACCGUCAACUUCUACGCCCUGUCUCAGUCCUUCAGUUUCUCUGACAUUUUUGUCAUAGUCACCUACUUCCUCCUCAACCUCGCUGUCGGCAUCUGGUCAUCAUGCAGGGUGAGCAGGAAUACUCUGAGCGGAUACUUCUUGGCUGGACGGGACAUGGCCUGGUGGCCGAUCGGAGCGUCUCUCUUUGCCAGUUCCGAGGGUUCAGGUCUGUUUAUCGGCCUUGCCGGCACCGGAGCUGCUGGAGGAAUCGCUGUUGCUGGUUUUGAAUGGAAUGCCACCUAUGUGCUGCUGGCUCUUGCCUGGGUUUUUGUGCCUGUCUACAUCUCCUCAGGGAUCGUGACAAUGCCAGAGUACCUUGGCCGUCGCUUUGGAGGAGAGCGGAUCAGAACGUACCUGGCUGUCCUUUCACUGCUGUUGUCGGUCUUCACAAAGAUAUCAACUGACCUGUACUCUGGAGCCUUGUUUGUCCAGGUGUGUCUGGGAUGGAACCUCUACCUGUCCACAGUCCUCAUGCUGGUGGUCACUGCUCUAUACACUAUAGCAGGUGGUCUUGCUGCUGUAAUCUACACAGACACUCUACAGACAUUCAUCAUGAUUAUAGGUGCUAUAAUCUUAACAGUCACGGCCUUUCAAAAGAUUGGAGGCUACAGCAACCUGGAGCGUGUGUACAGCAUGGCCAUUCCCAGUAAGAUCAUUCCCAACAGUACCUGCCACCUGCCACGCGAAGACGCCAUGCACCUAUUCAGAGACGCUGUCACCGGGGACCUGCCUUGGCCCGGCAUGACUCUGGGGCUCACCAUACUGGCCACCUGGUACUGGUGCACUGACCAGGUGAUUGUGCAACGGUCCCUGUCUGCUAAGAAUAUAAGUCAUGUUAAAGGAGCUUCGAUCCUGGCUGCCUAUCUGAAGAUGCUGCCCUUCAUCCUCAUCAUCCUCCCUGGCAUGAUCAGCCGAGCUCUCUAUCCAGACACUGUAGGAUGUGUGGAUCCAGAAGAGUGUGUGAGAGUGUGUGGAGCUGAGGUGGGAUGCUCCAACAUCGCCUUUCCCAAACUGGUCAUUGAACUCAUGCCAAGCGGUUUGCGUGGACUUAUGAUAGCAGUGAUGAUGGCAGCUCUGAUGUCAUCACUGACCUCCAUCUUUAACAGCAGCUCCACACUCUUCACUAUGGACAUCUGGAAGAAGUAUCGCUCACGAGCUUCGGAGAAAGAGCUGCUACUGGUCGGAAGGAUUGUGACUGUGAUCUUGGUGGUGGUGAGUGUGGUGUGGAUCCCCAUCCUUCAGUCGGCCAACAGUGGUCAGCUGUAUGUGUACAUCCAGUCAGUGACAAGCUACCUCGCUCCGCCCGUCACUGCUGUCUUCACCCUGGCUGUCUUCUGGAAGAGGACCAACGAGCAGGGUGCGUUCUGGGGCCUGAUGGUGGGUUUGGUGGUAGGGGUGUGUAGGAUGGUGUUGGAGUUUGCCUUCCCGCCUCCCAGAUGUGGCGUUGUGGACUCGGCACCUGAUGUACUGCGCAGCGUCCACUACCUCCAUUUUGCCAUCCUGCUCUGUGGGCUCACUGUUAUCGUGGUGACUGUAGUUUCACUGCUCACACCCCCGCCCAGCCCUGAACAGUUGUGUAACCUGACCUGGUGGACUUUGACUGAAGAGCCACAGAGAGAAAUUCCUCUACAGAAAGUGUCCUCUGUCAGCCACCGUAGCUCCCAGAGCUCUGAGCCAACACAGCGGGGGACAUGCUGUCAGGGGACAGGGUUGUGUAUCGCAGCAGCGCGGCGAUCAGAGGAGACUCCAACUCCCAGAGUUCAGAGCGUCAGAGAGAGUGUUUUCUGGUCCAGGUUCUGCUGUGUCAAUGCAAUCCUGGUCGUCAGCAUUAACAUUUUUCUCUAUGCAUACUUUGCCUGAGUAUAGGAUCAUAUUUCACAUACUGUCUCAGCCUCUCGCUGAACUCCUGCCAAUUCAACUCCAGAUCCAAGAAGGUGGGGAAACAAACUGUGAUUUUUGUACUGAUUUUACAUGAAUCCAUCAUAAAUCCUCUACAUGUAGCCUCAGGUGUCGACAUUUACAACUAAACCCAAAAACACAGAGAGCACAUACCUCUAACCACAGACCUCUAAAUGUAUUAUUUUGAUUAUAAACAAUUUUGAGAUUUAGAGAAAAAAAUAAUCUAAUUAACACUAAAAUUCUAUAAUUAAUAGUACUGUUGUUUUAAGAUGUUAAUCCUUUUACUACUAUAGUUUAUUGUUUUGCUCAUAAAACGUUUCUCUCCGAUUUUAAAUAACCUACUUUUAAAGUGUUAAAAGGGUAUUGAGCAAACUACAAUGAAGCUUGUGGCUUGAAACAAGCUAACAUCAAUGUGCAGUUUGAUAAAUUCUGGCAUCUUAACAUAAGGGCAUUACAGACCAUAUAUUUAAAGCUUACAGAAAAUCAGUUAGAAUACACAUAGUUGUGUUUUUAUGUUUACCGUGAAUUUUAUAUCUAUAUGUUUAAUUUGACUUAUAAAGUUAUGUGUAUGUCCUUUUGUCUGUCAAACAGGGUUUUGUGAACUUUUAGUUACUCUUCUAGUUUUCUUUCAUGCUAUUUGGCUUGUUUAUGAAUAUAUAUCAGAGUUUCUCAACCUUUUCUGGGCCAAUAAAUUGUCCGGCUUUUAGUAUUUUAAAUAAAAAUACACACACUUGUGUUUUGAAUGAAAUAUUGCAUUAGAACAUUAACAUUUUUCAAAUUAAAGAUAAUGUGAAAUAGAUGUUUUAAAGUUAGGUUCAGGGUUGUUGUUACAGUUGUUUUUUUAAUAAGAACAAAUGAAUCAGACAUAUUACAGUUUAUCAGUACUGAAAAAUUGCUUUUACUUUUGAAUCCCUCAACAGACAAUAAAUCCAAGGUUGAGAAACUCUGUUAUAACGUUUAUGUGCUCUGAGUUUACAUUUUUUAAUUGUAGUCAAAGAAUAUCAUGGCAACCAUCAGAUGUUUCUUUCUUGUGAUAUCCCAAAUAAAUUGUGAGAUAUGUGCAUCUAA